GUCUUCACAUCACCAAUUUUCUUGACAUUUCGACACUUGGCGGGCAUCAACCCCCAUUGCAGCAGUUGAGAAAGAAAAAACAGGCGCGAUUUGAUAGAUCCAACUAAAAAUCCUUGUCUUCAGAGAUCUAUGGCGCGACUGCCAUUUUCACUCUUACUGUUCCUCUUCAUCUUCCCUCUGCUCCUCGACGUCGGUGUCUCCAAAACUCUUAAACGCGACGUGAAAGCAUUGAACGAAAUCAAGGCGUCUCUCGGUUGGAGAGUGUUGUAUACGUGGGUAGGUGACGAUCCCUGCGGCGACGGUGACCUGCCGCCUUGGUCCGGCGUCACUUGCUCCGCUCAGGGUGACUACAGAGUUGUCACCGAGCUGGAAGUGUAUGCAGUGUCGAUCGUGGGGCCGUUUCCUGUUGCUGUAACUAAUCUGUUAGAUCUCACUAGACUGGAUCUCCACAAUAACAAACUGACUGGGCCUAUUCCUUCACAAAUUGGGCGGUUGAAGCGCCUUAGCAUACUUAAUCUGAGGUGGAAUAAGCUGCAAGAUGUCAUUCCUCCUGAAAUUGGGGAACUUAAGAGUUUGACCCAUCUCUAUCUAAGCUUCAAUAAUUUCAAAGGGGAAAUCCCAAAGGAGCUUGCUAAUCUUCCAGAGCUUCGUUAUCUCUACCUUCAAGAAAAUCGUUUCUCUGGGCGAAUCCCAGCAGAAUUGGGGAACUUAAAGAGUCUACGGCACAUGGAUCUUGGGAACAAUCAUUUGGUGGGCACUAUAAGAGAGCUUAUUCGCAUUGAGGGCUGCUUUCCUGCUCUUCGUAACCUUUAUCUGAAUAACAACUACCUCACUGGAGGAAUUCCAUCACAGCUUGCAAACUUAGCCAACUUGGAAAUCUUGUACCUAUCCCAGAAUAAAAUGUCUGGAGUGGUUCCUCCUACACUUGCUCAUAUCCCCAGAUUAACGUACUUUUUAUACUUCCCUAGUAAUAUGCAAGUAAUGGUUCUUUCAACCAUGAGGUCCUCUAAUACGCUCUACGGAAACUGUACUUGGAUCAUAACCAAUUUUCAGGGGGAAUUGCAGAUGCCUUUUACGAACACCCCUUUUUGAAAGAAAUGUAUAUUGAGAGAAACUCAUUUCGCCCUGGUGUAAAACCAAUCGGCAUCCACAAAGUUCUUGAAGUUUCUGACACAGAAUUCCUUGUUUGAUGGAGGUUGGUAGCUUCUUUUCUUACAGGCUCUGGUUCUGAUUGCCACACGAGAGGUUAAUCUCAUUUCAUGAUUGAACUGUGUCAGUCAAAGUUUUGCCAUUGAUGAGCUAUGUCCUUGAGUUAGUAACUUAAUAUUGAUGCUUCAACUGUAGAAAAUAGAUUCUGCCUUCAUAGUUGAAGGUUACUCUUGAACCAAUGUACAAGAACCUCAGAAAUAUUAUAGUUAAGACAGUUAUUUUGUGGUUGUUCCGAUAGAAAUUCUAAGAAAUUGUUUGUGUUAAAAUAUAUUCACUCCAGCCAUCUGACUAUA